AUGUGUUUCCCUGGAAAGCGACAAAAAGCUAACUUCGCCGAGACAAAACCCACACCUCCAGAUACAAAAGCUCAACCGAUUCAACCACCAGAGCAAUCAUCUUCUCCCCCCGUUCCUAUUCCACUUUCCUCCACUUCCCAAAUCGACAUGUCUGCUCCUAGAGUCGCUAUCGUCAUCUACUCCCUUUACGGGCACAUUACAAAGAUGGCUGAGGCCGUCAAAAGUGGUAUCAGCAAUGCUGGUGGUAGCGCCUCCAUUUACCAGAUCCAGGAGACCCUAUCUGACGACAUCUUGAAGCUCGUCAAGGCUCCCGCUAAACCCGACUACCCCGUUCUCCUCCCUGACGACCUCGUCAACUUCGACGCGUUCCUCUUUGGUGUUCCCACCCGUUACGGUAACUUCCCCGUUCAGUGGAAGGCAUUCUGGGACGCUACUGGUCCUCUCUGGAGCAAGAGCGCUCUUGCGGGCAAGAUGUGUGGUGUGUUUGUUUCCACUGGUACCCAAGGUGGUGGUCAGGAGAUUACCAUCUCCAACACCCUCUCCACUUUCGUGCACCACGGUCUCAUCUACGUUCCCCUCGGCUACAAGCACACUUUCCCUCAGUUGUCUAACCUGACUGAGAUCCACGGUGGUUCUUCUUGGGGUGCGGGUACCUUUGCAGGCACGGACGGCUCCCGUCAGCCUUCGCCUCUUGAAUUGGAGAUUGCUUCUCUCCAGGGCAAGGGUUUCUGGGAGACCGUUGCCAAGUACCACGGCGGCGCCAAAUCGUCUUGA